GUCGACAAUUCUUCAUAGUAAAGCUCUCAAGUUCGCCAAAGACCAUCAAGACCCGACUCACAAAAAUGCCCAAGGCCGCCCCUGGAAAAGUCGCUACUAAGCAUAAAUUCGUUGUUGACUACUCCAAGCCUGCGGCUGACGGAGUUUUCGACGGUGCCGAUUUCGAAAAGUUCCUCCAUGACCGUAUCAAGGUCGACGGAAAGGCUGGUCAGCUCGGUGAAAACGUUAAGAUCACCAGAGAUGGCAACACCAAAAUCACCGUGACCUCUAGCAUUCCAUUCUCGAAACGGUACCUCAAGUACCUCACCAAGAAGUUCUUGAAAAAGAACAGCUUGAGAGAUUGGAUUCGCGUUGUCGCGUCGUCGAAGGACAACUACCAGUUGCGCUUCUAUAAUAUCCACACUGGAGAUGACGAGGAAGACGAGGAGUAGAUACCCAAACCUUUCACUGUGUCCAUUUGCGAUGAUUGGUCCGUCAAUAAAACAUUUAAAGCGCCAGUUCUUCAGGACCUAAGUAAACAGCUGAUCCAACGGAAGUGCGACACAAUCAUGGUCGCUAAUAUAUUACAUGGCUAUUGAAAUAGACACUUCAUUCUCGUCUUCUACUUUGACUUUCCCCAGCACCGACAGGGCCAUGUCGUUCCAAAGAAUCUGGCUUUCAUUGAGUACCUUGCCUCGGAACUGUUGUGCUAAGACAGCAGCCAACUGU